CUCCCCUCCCCCUGUCCCGCUCCCUCCGCCCGCCCCGGAGACCCACGCACCACCCGCCCUCCCUCCUCCCGCUCCCCCGUCCCAUCCCCUCCCCCUCCCGCCCGAGCGAGUCAGUGAGCAAGAGAGCGAGCGGACGUGCGAGGCCUGGCCUGGCCAGCUAUCCCGCCAGUGCGGUUUUUUUUCUCCCAGCGACCAAAGAUUUGACCACUGACUAAGCCUGACCUAACUGAACACAACUCAAGAUGGACACCGGCGUAAUUGAAGGAGGUUUAAAUGUCACACUUACUAUUCGCCUACUUAUGCAUGGGAAGGAGGUUGGAAGCAUCAUUGGAAAGAAAGGAGAGUCUGUAAAGAAGAUGCGUGAAGAGAGUGGUGCACGGAUUAACAUCUCAGAAGGGAACUGCCCAGAACGGAUUAUCACUCUUGCUGGACCCACUAAUGCCAUCUUCAAAGCUUUUGCUAUGAUUAUUGAUAAACUGGAAGAGGACAUCAGCAGCUCAAUGACUAAUAGUACAGCAUCUAGCAGGCCCCCUGUUACUUUGAGACUCGUGGUACCUGCCAGCCAAUGUGGUUCUCUUAUUGGGAAAGGAGGCUGCAAAAUCAAAGAGAUAAGAGAGAGCACAGGGGCGCAGGUCCAAGUGGCAGGAGACAUGUUACCCAACUCUACUGAAAGAGCGAUCACCAUUGCUGGGAUUCCACAGUCCAUCAUCGAGUGUGUCAAACAGAUCUGUGUGGUCAUGCUGGAGUCUCCCCCAAAGGGUGUCACCAUCCCCUAUCGACCCAAGCCAUCCAGUUCUCCUGUCAUCUUUGCAGGCGGUCAGGACAGGUACAGCAGCGGCAGUGCAAGCUACCCCCACACCGCCCCAUCAAUGUGCCUCAACUCUGACCUGGAGGGACCACCUCAAGAGGCCUAUACCAUUCAAGGACAGUAUGCCAUUCCACAGCCAGAUCUGACCAAGCUGCAUCAGUUGGCAAUGCAACAGUCACACUUUCCAAUGUCUCAUGGCAACACUGGAUUCAGUGGCGUUGAAUCCAGCUCUCCAGAUGUGAAAGGCUAUUGGGCAGGUUUGGAUGCAUCAGCUCAGACUACUUCUCAUGAACUCACCAUUCCAAAUGAUCUGAUUGGUUGUAUCAUUGGGCGUCAAGGCGCCAAGAUCAAUGAGAUUCGCCAGAUGUCUGGGGCGCAGAUCAAAAUUGCCAAUCCAGUGGAAGGAUCUACUGACAGGCAGGUUACUAUAACUGGAUCUGCAGCCAGCAUCAGCCUGGCUCAAUAUCUAAUUAAUGUCAGUUUAGAAAGCGCUAAACCCUCCUCCCAGGCAGCCUCCGUCACGAUCCCCGACCACCUCAGCAUCAACCUCUCUCAACCCUCCACCCCUUCUUCUUCUUCCUCCUCCACCACCACCCCCUCGCUUGCGACAGCAGGGGUCUCCGACGCACCCUCCAGCCUCCCCAACCCUCUUCCGACCGCCCCCUGUGUCUCCAGUCUGCUUGGCAUGAAACCCGUCCCUCUCCUGGCUCUAAAUGUUGUGUCUGCUGCUAAGGGUGCCUCCACCACCUCAGCUGUGCCAUGUGUUACUAACAAACUGAAAACGGAAAAACAGAGAUUCUCUCCCUACUGAGAGUCUGCUUGUGGCCUUAGAGGAACAGCAGAUUGUUUUUCAGCAAUGUGGAAUCCUGUAGAGGAGACUUGGAAGAGAUUUUUUUU